UACCCUGACGCCGGUGUUUAGCAAUUACAAGAUAAGGUUACAACCGUCAGUCGUAAUUCCUAUACGAUGCGAUUAUAACGCAAGAAUUACAGGAAUUACGAAGGACUUACAAAAAGACAACUUACAACUACGCUCGCAGUUUCUAUAAACUACACUUACCUGGGAAAAAAGGAUGUCCGGCGUCGCGGCGUGGGAGCCUCCGGGGGUGGCCGCGACGCCUGGGGCCCGCCACUCGGUGCGCGCCCCUUAUAUACUCGCGCCGGUGACGCACCGCUAGCGAGAAAGCUCCGAGAUCGGCAACACGGACGGCGGCUCUACGGAACCAGCGGGAGGAGCGAAUUUUCGAUUCCGGGGUGUUUCGGAUCGGAUGUUGGCGGAUCAUUCGGCAUCUUGCUUUGGAUUUGAAUCGUAUCGGGCACCCUCAAGGGCCGAAGGGGGACAGGACAUUUCGGGAAGGCGGAUGCAGUGCGUAAGGGGUGCAGUGUUACCUAUGACCUACUACCUUUGAGCCGGCGAUUGCCGGUUUGAGGGAAUGGAUUUUCAAAGCGCCAUGGAGACUUUCGCCGAGGCUUGGGUGGCUGCCAACACGAAGACCGAUCAGGUGCAGAGUCAAGCGCUGGCGUUGACGCACAAGGCGUCGCCACCCUCCAGACCGAGCAGCGUCUCUUCUCUGCCGAAGAGUCCCCAGUCGCAGCAGUCCCAGCAGCAGGGAUCAGCACCCCCACCGUCUGGCGUCCACCUCCACCAGUCGCAGACGCCGCUGAGCAGUCCCCAGGUCCCAGCACCAUUUGGUCAGCUUCCUCCGCACCCCCACCACGCUCAGCAUCCCAAGCAGGAAGUUCCUUCCAGCCCCAAACAGGAGGGGUUCGAUCUCACCAAGUCAGGACCCACCGCUGGAAAGAGUCUCCCGGUGCACUGUGUCGUCGAGGCCAUCCAUAGUAUCGUCGAGAGCAGAGUUUCCGGAAGCCGUGAGAACUGGAGGAGACCCCACGUGGAGACGGAUUCCUACGUCAUCAUUCCUGCGGCGAUGCCUUUUCAAGAUUUGGUUGGAGAAGCCCUUGUCAGGUUGGGGUAUCCUGCCGAUUUGAUACCCAGUGCCAGGGGCAGCAUUGUCAUCAGGAACUGGAAACCCCUACCGAUGGAGAAGGUGGCCGAUGGUCCACUCUUGACCGUUGGAGACAUCCUUGCCGAACUGACCACCGUAGCUACCCUGAAGAUUCAGGUCUACAGGUCUAGACCCCCACCUCCUAGUCCAGCAGCAGAAGUCAGGGACAAGCUGCUGAGGUUGUUGCUGUUGCACAGCCACGCGUUGCUAGUCUCCGCCGGAUGUCCCCUGGAUGAGAUGACUCUGUCGUCCCUGUGUAGAGGAGGGAACGAUCUGUCCGAGGAGACCCGGAGGAAUUUUGAGAGUUGGUUGCAGCAACAACAGCUGGGCUUGGGCAUGAGUCCUAUGAUGCCGACGUCCAACCACCAUCGCGUGCAAAGUCCUCAACCAGAAGGUGGUCCCCCAAUGGGAGCUGGGGCACCGAUCGGUCCACCACAUCCAGCUCUGCUCCCAUAUUCCCAUAAAACAAGGAUGAGGACCAGCUUCGACCCGGAGCUGGAGCUUCCUAGGCUGCAGAGAUGGUUCGGCGAGAACCAACAUCCAACCAGGCAACAGAUCCAACAUUACGUGACCGAGUUGAACUCUUUGGAGUCUCGGAGGGGCAGGAAGCCUCUAGACGUGAACAACGUUGUCUAUUGGUUCAAGAACGCGAGGGCAGCUCUAAAAAGAGCUGAAACUCGCGGCGUCAAUGGCUACAGUCCUCCUGGUCUUAGUCCAAGAAACGCUAGCCUCGUCAGCGAAGACUGCAGCGACGAGGAGGAGGACUCCAGGCAUCAGACCUCGAUUUCUCCGUCGCCCUGUCCGCCUGGGAGUCCAUCGGUGGGUCCAUUGUCUCUGACGACGCGUCCUGAGGACCAACAGCAGCAGCAACAUCAGCAGCAUCAGCAGCACCAGCAGCAACCUCCUUCUUCCACUUCGUCGUCGGUUAAACAGGAAGAUGGCCGCGUGUCCUCUGGCUCCGAUGAAGACGAGGCCAGUCCCACCGGACCUUUACCUCCGGGGUUUUCGUUGGUACCCAGCCCCAUGUUCAGUCACAGUAUUAUGUACAUGUCCCAUUACUUGCCACCCCGUGGACCGGCGACCUGUUCCGCCAGCAUGCUCGACGAAAGGCGGAAGAGGAAUCGGACCUUCAUCGACCCCGUGACGGAAGUGCCGAGGUUGGAAGCUUGGUUCACCCACAAUACUCAUCCCAGUCACACGUUGAUCCUGAAGUACACGGAGGAGCUAAACCGCAUGCCAUACCGGCAGAAGUUCCCCCGAUUGGAGCCAAAAAAUGUGCAAUUUUGGUUCAAAAAUCGCAGGGCCAAGUGCAAGCGCCUCAAGAUGGCGCUCUUCGAGGGCGAAUCGCCCCAGCCUCAUCCUUAUCACGCCGACUAGAUAACCGCUAGUCCAAUUUCGGGAAUCCCGUGCACCGUGACAGUACAACCGUCGCCAUCUUGAAAUGCACGGAGAAGAAGUCGCCAGGAAAUAACCCCAGAAAAGGAAUGAUCAAGGGCACCCAAAAUGCCCAACAGAGUGAUAAACAUUUCUCCCAUUAAUCCGGUAAUUUGGUUCAGCCAAAAGAGUUACUUAUUCGAUAAAAGAGACAAGUAAAUGCAAUUAAUGUUAGUUUAAAUCCUCGAUUUGAGGAAGUGGCUUCCUUUUUUGGGAUGGUAUUUCCCGAAGACUCUCCUGACGUGCAUUUAGAGGUGAAGUAGUCGUGCUCGGACUUUAGAUCACCGAUGCCGGGGAAAUUCGGUGAUCGGCUAUUUCGCUCGUAAGUUCAUUGAUUAAUCGACAUCCAAAUAUCGGUUGCUCUACUCAUUUUGACAAUGCGUGUAAAUACGAAACGUUAUAUCGAAUAAACUGUACUCCUCGCCAGGAAA